AUGUCUGAAAGAAUUUCUAUCGGAAAUAUUGAAGAUAAAAAUUUGAAAUGCAAAAUGAUUGAAGAAUCUGAGCAAAAAAUGAGAAAGAAAUUGGAAAAUAUAACACCAACUUUUCAAGGUGAUUUUGAGAAGGGUAAAAUGAUUGAAGCGGUGGAACCAAAAUUGCAUAAAGAAUCUAAUGUAAUAACAUCAUUGGUUGGCAAUAUCACCAAUCCAAGUUCCAAUUUGUUUGAGAAUGGUGAACAUUCAAGUUCAUCCAAAAAUGUUAUUGAUGAAGUUUCAGUUAAGGAAGUGAAGGAAUUUCUGUGUCUUUUUUGUGACAAGAAGUUCUCGAAUUCUCAAGCUCUCGGAGGUCAUCAAAACGCUCAUAAACAUGAACGUGACUUAAAAAAAAAAGAACAAAAAAAGAGGGAGGAGGAAAUGGAUUCCACCCUAAUGUUUAGAUCUAGUUUUACACGUGUAAGUCCUAUUCACUAUCAAGGGUAUCCUUAUUUUCAUGGCAAUUUCCAACAACCAAUUGGGACUCAGAUGAACAAUAACAUGCCUUUUUGGCUUGGUUCUUCAUCAGUCGGCUAUGGAGGGAUGUAUAAUACACCCUCUCCACCAUCUCCAUUUGUGAUGUCAAUACCAAUACCACCCAUCACAACACCACAAUGUGAAAUGAUUGAUUUUCUAGGUACAAAUCAAACUUCUGCGUUGUCAAUUCCUCGAUGGCCAAACACUGUGGAGUUGGAUUUUUUUGGUCAAACCAAUCAGACCCCUUCAUCUCGUGAAAGUGCAGAAGGAAGUUCCAAUGCUCAACUUUCUUCUCAUUAUCUUCCAAUAGAACAUGAUUUUAUUGGAGAAGGCCAACUUCUAGCACAGACUAAUAUGUCUUCUUCGUCAACUGAAUCAUCAACAUUGGAAGAACUCGAUUUGAAUCUCAAACUUUAA